AGAUUAGCGAACACGCGCAAGCACAUACACACACGAGUGAAAGUAUCACAUAUCGAGCUAAAAAUAGAAAAGGUAUCAGAAAAGGAAAAGAAGAGAAUUCGAGUUUCAAGCUUUCGUCUUUACUUCAGCCAUGUCCAACGCCGAAGGUACUACUGCCGUGCACAUGCACAGUGCUACCGCUGUGGAGCACGAGAGCACCAUGCAGAUUUUGAACAUGUACCCCGGUCACCUGCACCUCCUGCCGCAGACGCCGCAGCUGCACUUUCUCUUCACCGUCAUCCGCAACGUCGAGACACAGCGCACUGACUUCGUCUUCUACUCGGAGCGUAUCAUGCGCCUGAUCCUCGAGGCGGCGCUGUGCAUGAUCCCUGUGGAGCCGUGCAACGUGAUGACCCCCACCAAAGCCGUGUACAAGGGCGUCCGGCCGGACCAGCGCGGCAUCAUCGGUGUGUCCAUCAUGCGCGCUGGGGAGUCGAUGGAGCGCGUGCUGCGUGAGAUGUGCCGCGGCGUGCGCAUUGGCAAAAUCCUCGUCCAGCGUGAUGAGACGAGCGCCGAAAAAGGCCCGGACAGCCGCUUCAGCUACAGCAAGAUGCCGAAGGACGUCGCGAACCGUCGCGUGCUGCUGCUGGACCCGAUGUGUGCCACCGGCGGCAGCGCCAUCAAGGCGACGGAGAUUUUGAUCCACGAGUACGGCGUGGCGGAGGAGAACAUCAUUUUCCUGAAUCUGGUCGCUGCGCCGGCCGGCAUCAAGAAAUACCUCGGCCGCUUUCCCAAGAUCCAGAUCGUGACGGCCGCCAUUGACGACGACCUGGACGAGAACAUGUACAUCCUGCCGGGUCUCGGUGACUUCGGCGACCGCUACUUCGGCACCAUCGCUGACUAG